UUCUCCUCCUCCUUGCCCUCUCCUCUCUCUCUCUCUCUCUCUCUCUCUCUCUCUCUCUUUCUCAUAGUUUCCAACAUGACAGCCCAAAGCUCUCAAAAAGAGACUUUGAACGUUGAAAUGGGGGAAAAGGAAAGAGAGAAGAAGAUCAAGCUGAGGAGAUGAAGCCCUUCUUCAAGAUCUUUCAACCAUCUUUGCUUGCCACUGCUCUUGAUUCUUGGUUCUGGGCUAUGGGCGCAGCUCUGGGUUUGCAUCUUGUUGUCGGAAAUAGAAGCCUUGCUUGCGGUGUUUUCCUUGUUUUCUUUGUCUUCUAUUUUAAGUGCCCCUGAUGUCUCUUCCAAAUGGUGGACUUUUUUAGGGGGGCUGUGAGGGGAUUUGAGAUUAAGACAUCAGGGUUUAGGUCCUCAAAAUCUUGCUGAAGUUUGAGGCUUUUCUAUGUGAUGUUCAUGACUAGUUGAAUGAUGCUUUCUAGCACAAAUGUUAAGAGCAUUGUGCUAUGGAUCUCUGGUUUUGUCCAUAUUGAUCACUGCAUCUGCCUAUGAGGCUGGAUAUUCUCGCUGUAACUGUGAUCUUGAAGGAUUCUGGAGCACUGAGCGCAUUCUACAAUGCCAGAAAGUUGGCGACUUCUUGAUCGCUGCUGCCUACUUCUCCAUCCCCCUUGAACUCUUCUACUUCCUGACCUGCUCACAGGUCUUCCCUUUCAAAUGGAUUCUCUUCCAGUUUGGUGCUUUCAUUGUUCUCUGUGGCCUCACUCAUUUCCUCAAUGUCUUCACCUACGAACAGCAUUCCUUUCUACUUAUGUUGGCACUCUCGGUAUCGAAGUUUCUUACCGCACUUGUCUCCUUUGCAACAUCGAUAACCUUGCUGACAUUGAUCCCUCAGCUUUUGAGGGUGAAGGUGAGAGAGAAUUUAUUGAGAAUUAAAGCUCGUGAGCUUGAUCGGGAAGUUGGGAUGAUGAAGAGGCAGGAGGAAACCAGUUGGCAUGUGCGAAUGCUCACACGAGAGAUUCGGAAAUCUCUUGACAGACAUACUAUCUUGUACACUACUUUGGUUGAGCUUUCAGAGACAUUGGGGCUGAAGAAUUGUGCGGUGUGGAUGCCUGAUGAGGAGAAGAAGGAGAUGCAUUUGACUCAUGAGUUGAGGCAAAGGGUUCCUUCUGAUGUUUUCUGUCCGAUACCAAUUGAUGAUCCAGAUGUGGUGGAGAUUGUGGGAACCAAGGAUGCGAGGGUGCUCAAGCCAGAUUCAUUGCUAGGGACUGGGAGCAGCAGAGCAGGGGACAUUCCUGGUGCGGUAGCUGCGAUUCGGAUGCCAAUGUUGAAGGUGUCCAAUUUCAAAGGCGGGACACCUCAACUAGUCCAAACAUGUUAUGCCAUACUGGUUCUUGUACUCCCUGGGGAUGAUUCCAGGGUUUGGAACACGAAUGAACUAGAGAUCAUUGAAGUCAUUGCGGAUCAGGUAGCUGUGGCCCUUUCUCAUGCUGCAGUUUUGGAGGAAUCCCAGUCAAUGAGAGACAAAUUAGCGGAGCAGAACAGGGAUUUACUGCAGGCUAAGCAAAAGGCAGUGAUGGCCAGUGAGGCAAGAACCUCAUUUCAGAGGGCUAUGGGUCACGCAAUGGGAAGGCCGAUCCAUUCUAUCUUAGGUCUCUUGUCAAUGAUGCAACAAGAAAAUUUAGGCCCUGAACAGAAACUUGCAAUUGAUACAAUGGUGAAAACAAGUACAGUUGUGUCAUCAUUGAUCAAUGAUGUCACUGAAGUCUCGACAAUCAAUAGUCAGCGCUUAAUGCUAGAAAUGAAACCAUUUCAUUUGCAUUCUAUGAUCAAGGAAGCUGCAAGUGCGGCAAGGUGUCUUUGUGACAGCAGGGGUUUUGGUUUCGAGAUUCAGGUCGGAGAGAGAGUGCCCGAUCGAGUUGUUGGUGAUGAAAGGCGAAUAUUUCUUGUGAUAUUACAUAUGGUUGGUAAUCUGUUGAAUGUUUUCAACGAGGGGCUUUUGAUGUUUCGAAUACUUAAUCUGAGUGUGGAUGAUCAAGAGGAUCAAAUGUGGAGGUCCUGGGGAUCAAACACUUCUGGUAGUUUUUCUUGUGUGAAGUUUGAGAUUGAAGUUAGAAGAUUACAAAGUGAUGACUCUGGUUUGACGCCUCAGUUUGCACGGAGACCUGAUAGCGGAGGGAUUGAAACAAGCCUCAGCUUCAGCAUGUGUCGGAAACUUGUGCAGAUGAUGCAGGGAAAUAUAUCAGCAGUACCGAAUUCUCAUGGUUAUACAGAAUGCAUGACCCUAGUUCUUAGAUUCCAACCUCAACCGUCUGACUCAAUCACCGAGCUUGAAGGAUCUUUCGAGCGGCAACAGCAUCCAUCUUCCACCCCUCGAUUCAAAGGACUCAAGGUUCUAUUAGCCGAUGACGAUGACACCAACAGAGCUGUAACAAGGAAGCUCCUCGAAAAACUCGGCUGCAGGGUCACUUCAGUCUCCUCCGGGAUCCAGUGCCUAAACUCCCUUGCCACCUUCAGUACGCCUUUCCCGCUUGUCAUUCUGGACCUUCAGAUGUCCAAAAUGGACGGCUUUGAAGUGGCUGCUAAGAUCAAUGAGCUCAAGACAACAUCUUGGCCUAUAAUUGUCGCGCUGACAACAAGCUCAAAGGAAGAAGUUUGGGAACGUUGUUUGCGCUCUGGCAUCAACAGUCUCAUCCGUAAACCGGUGAUUGUCCAAGCCAUGGCCGAGGAACUCCGACGGGUCUUGCAAAACAGGUAAAGAGAGUGAAACUCAUGUGUAAUGUCGUGGUCAUUAUCGUCAUCAUCAUCAUCACAGAGUGAUUGAAGGUUCAAAUUUCAUCCAUUUCUGGCAUUGUCAUACAACUUGUUGGACAUUGAAAAAGAGUUAGUAUACAGAAAUCAGAAAAUUUAUUUUUGAUAGUUUUGGCAACAUUGAAUGAACUUUUCUCUGCAGGAUGAACAAGCUGGCAA